AUGCACUUUGUUGAUGCAGCGCUGGCAAAUUCUAAUGAGGUGGACGGCGUCAAGAAGUCUUAUCUCAUUGAGGAGGUCAUCGAUGGGAAGUUCAUCAAGUACAUCAACAAUGACAGCCCAGAGCUUCUUCCAAUGGAGAAUCUGGAUCAGGAACGACGAGCAAAGUUCUUUGCCUUUGCUCAGCAUGUUCAGUAUUUCAAGACAGAGUCUGUUUUCAUUUCUGAUCUUCAAGAUGGUGAUACUCUUCUCACUGACCCUCAAAUCACAACCAAUCCCAGUAUCACCAAAGGACAGAUCUUUGUGUCUGGCAACCUGCCCAGCGCAUUUACGAACUUCAAAAGGCUCCAUACCUGCAACUAUUUUUGCAAGUGGUAUAAACUACACUCUCUGUUGCUUCCUUUCUCCAACUCUAAGUCCCAUAUCAUGGUUACAUUUGACUGGCGACUCAAUGACUAUGGCUUUGGUCAGCCACAAUGGCCAUGGAUUCACUUUCUCUGCUUAGUGAGUCUAUUCAUGAUUAUUAUAGACUGCCUGUAUCAUUCUUUGACCUUGCUGGUCCAUCCCCCCUCUUAG